GGGCCCCUGUACCGCCUUCUCAUGCUGCUGCCAGGCCCGUAAUCAUGCCAUGGGCCCCGUACCGACUCCUCAUGCUGCUUGCCAGGCCCGUAAUCUGUCAUGGGCCCACUUGUACCGCCUCCUCAUUGCUGCUGCCAGGUUCCAGAGGAGUGUGUCAUGGGUCCCUGUACGGCCUCCCAUUGCUGCUGUCUCCAUCGCCACACUCUGCCAUGUGCCAUACUUUCAGGUCUCCUCACCACUGCUGGUGGUUCCAUUUUGUCAUAGGGUGCUGUAUGGCCUCCCAUUUGCUGCCUCCACCGCCACACUGUGGCUCCACCACUCUGGGUUUUGGGCCCGUGGACUGCCCAAAUGAGAACGUGGUGAAGUGUGCGGUGGAUUCUAGAUCGGACGGCACUCAUCUGCAUGUCUUACUGACUGACAGUAUUAUUUCUCUUCCCCAGCAGACUCCAAGGGGCAUUUAAAUUAAAAGGUACAGUGUUCUGCACUAAUAUAA